CUAAAUUUACUUAUCGAGACAGUUGUUUACAGGACUUAUUGCCAAACAUAUAGUGAUGAUAACAGAUAUGUCAUCAACAGUAAGCAUGUGAUUGUGCAUAUUCAUGCCUAAAUCAGGAAUGAAGGAAGAUACCUCUGAGACAUUCUGCUUAUUCUUGCAGCACUGGUGUUGAUAACCUCAGGUCUGCUGCACUUUUGACAAAGCUAAACAGGCAGCACUCAGAGGGCCCGUGUGCAUAAACAAUGCAGAAGAGCCAGACUGCUUAAACCAGGACCCAGAUCCAGAAAUGAGCCCAGCGCAGCUGUAUGUUGGCAGUUAGGACAGGGAGCUCCUCGUACUGUGGUCUGACACUGCCAGACAGCGUUUCUGUAUCAUAAUCAGGCCAGGACAGAAGCACAAGAGGACGAAAAGGACUGUAUCAGUGUGUUUACAAGUUUUAGCUCCUUAACUGCACAUCAUGAGGUAACGUAUCCCCACCAGGAUGCAAAGCUUCAUCGGAGUCUCGCAUCUUUUCUUGGUUCUUCUGGUUCAGACGGUACCUGCGCAGAUUUCACCCCCUCCAGAAGAGGGUCCCCCCAAAGGAAUGACGUUCCAGGAGGUGUGGACAAAGAGCAUGUGUCAGCCUAUGGAGCAGUUGGUGGAUGUGGAGCAGGAGUUCCCUGGAGAAGUGGGUUACAUUUACAUACCUGCUUGUGUCCCACUAUGGCGAUGCUCUGGUUGCUGUGGGGAUGAGAACCUGGAGUGCCAUCCUACCCUUGAACGCAACAUCACUGUACAGAUGAUAAAGAUUGCUCCCAUGAUGCCAAGCCACCACGUGGAACUCACAUUUGUGGAGCAUCAGAGAUGUGAUUGCAGAGCACGUCAGACACUUAGAAAAAAUAAAAGCAGCAGUGAGUCCAUCAGGAAUAAACCUCGGAGGAGGAAACACAAGAAGACAGCAAAUGGCUGUGGCAAGUGCCAGUUUCCUCACAAGAUAAGUCUUGACUGAUUCACGCGUAUGUCCAAAGUCUAAAUUGGGGGAGUGACUUUUGUUAUGGCGAACAGCAGCACAGCUGUGAAGUGAUCACACCUGAUCAUUCAUCUUCCGUCCAAACACGUUUCCUCAUCCAGCGGAUCCAUCAGAUGUGGGACUUUCCAUCUUGCCCUUGACCUUAUUUUCUUUUUUGGUUAAUUACAGUAUCAAAGCAAACAACCAUAUCUGUAAACUCAUUUGGCUCAGAUUGCUGUUUUUAAUGGACCAAAAUCAAUGUCAAUUUUGACUUUAAAAAUCUAGCUGCUUUUUUGUUUGAUGAUUUUAAAAAUAGACAUUGGAUACAACAGUAGAUACAGAAUAGGUGUAAAGAUAAUGGGUGGAAUGCUUUGAGCUUAUCAGUCGCUCGGGGAAAGGAUUAAAGCCCCCAUCCAUCCUGAAGUGUUCACUGAAGAACUGUCAGAUCAAUCUGUCAGACCUUCUCUAUGACUUCAUGUUCAUUGUGACAUUUUGCAGUGACUCAUGUUGUUAUAACUGUUAUAAAACCAGUUCUUUUCUGGUGCAAAGCUAUAGACACUGAAAAAAGACAUCAUCCAUUGAACUUUUUGUAUGUAAAGUGUUCAUGCCUAGUCAUGGGGCAUGAUAAGUUCAUGAAAUAAAAUGCACUCCAAAUA